UAUCCUGUGGAAGGAUGUUUAGUCCCUCCCAUCUGUUCUAGCCUGCUUUUCUCUGUUGAGAGCUGUAUGGUUCUUUACAUGUUUUUUUUCUUUUCCUUCAGGUGUUCAAAGACAGCACUUUUGUCAGCAGCUGAAAGAAUAUGAACAAGUGUGUAAAAUCAAAAAGGAAAGCUUGCAUACUUCAGACGUGCAUUUGUCUUUCUGCACUUUUGAGCAGUUUGGAUCUUACUCUGUUAAAUAUCCACACAGUACAGUUCAAACAAAAUGGACUUGAAAGUGAAAACUCAGAAUGUUUAAAGGGUGAACUCUUGUAAGAGCUGCCUUCCAGAAAGGGCUGUAAAGGGCUGUAAGACUGCAGCAAAACUGAGUGAAGAAAUAGCUGAGGAGUUAAUGGAUUAUCAGAGAAAGAGGCGACUCACUCACAUCUGCAUUGGCCUAAUCUUUCUCUUCAGUGGAAUUGAAUAUGCUGUGAUUCUGCCAACCAUCUGGGCAUACCUGCAGACUCUUCAUGCAGAGCCUUAUUUCCUGGGUCUCGGUUUAGCAGCUUUUAGCUUCAGUGGCCUGCUGGCUGGGCCUGUCUUUGGACAAUGGUCUGACAAGACUCUCAAGACCAAACCAGCUAUUCUUUUUGGUAACCUUUUUGAGAUUGCAGGCAAUUUUAUGUACUUCGUUGGUAUCUCUAAAUGGUUGUUGCUGGCAAGUCGGUUGGUAGCAGGAAUUGGUACAGGAGCUGUUGCUUCCAUCUUUGGCUACCUGACGCGGGCCACCUCCUCAGAGGAACGGGCCACUGUGUUUGCUGCUGUUAUGGCAUGCAGGCAAUUUGGUCUGCUCAUUGGUCCAGCAUUCAACCUAUUUCUAAGGUACUGCAAUUUCCACAUUGGGCCAUUUGUAGUGAAUAAGUAUACAGCACCUGGGCUGUUUAUGUGCUUUCUCUGGAUACUUCUGCAAGUACUGGUUGUUUUCAUGUACUCUGACCUCCAGCCACUAAAGAUCCAUAUUCAACAAACUGGAGGUGAGCAGGAGGAGGAGGAAAAAACUCUGGUUUGCAAUACCUCAGAUGAACAUAUGGCUAAUGACAACUCAGUUUAUGGAAGCAUGACAGGCAGAGAGAAGCCACUGGCUUCAGUAAAUGGAGAAGUAUUUCAUCCAGAUGAGGAUCGCUACAUUUCCAAUGGCCACAUUGAAAAAGCAAACGAUGAAGUGAAUGAGAACCCCUUUCAAAACUUCAGUGCAACCAGAGAGUAUUUGCGUGAAGAAGUGGUGGUGCUUCUUACAGCCCAGUUCAUUACUCUCUUCAACCAAACAGCGCUGGAGACUAUGGUGACACCUCUUACUCAGAAAUACUUUGGAUUUGGAGAGCUGGAGAACAGUAUCAUGUACUUCCUUUGUGGUGCUGAGGUCAUUGCUGGAUUUGUCUUGGUGAGAUGUCUAAGCACAAGGUUUGCUGAUCGGGUGAUUUUGGCAGUCGGCCUUGUAAUAUGUAACAUAUCUUGCAUUUGGUGUAUAAUCUUCUUGGCAGACCCCAAAGGUCAGUGGGGUAUCUUGUUGGCUGAGUUCAUUAUUGGGGUUUUUCUGCAAGUCCUGGGACUCCCGUUUGUUGCUGUUUCUCAAAUAUCCCUCUUCUCUAAAGUCACAGCUGAAAAGACACAGGGUUUUAGCCAAGGACUGCGGCGCUCUGUUGGUGGCAUUGCAACAAUCCUGGGUCCUCUUUGGGCAGGAGGUUUAACGCAGAACUUGUACGUGAUGCUGGCUGCAAUGAUGGCACUGCUCACCCUACUGACGGUUAUGAUGGGAUUAUCAUAUAAGUACUUGGUGGAACCACAGACAGACCCAACGUAUAGGACUGCCCAAGAAGAGGAGGAGGCAUGACAUUAGAGAAAAUAUAAGACAGAAAACACAAGGUGAUACAGUCUGAUGCUGGUAUGCUACUUCUCAUGUUAAGUUUUGAAGAACUUUUGAAGUAAUGUGCAAGAACUUUGUUCCAUCCGCAUUUCUAAUGUGUGCAUUCUGUGUGAUAAAAAGUCCUAAAAACCCAAGCACUGUGCCUUUUUGAGCAAUAGUUAAUGCACAAAAACCACUCUAAAUAAAACUGUCAAUAUUUAUCUUACAAGAUGAUUUUUGUUCCACAAAUAUGUUUCUUUUCCUCAAGCACCUCAGCUUGGGUUUAUUCUGUCUGAAAACAUCUCCGUAUUAAAACUGUAAAUAAUGUUGGUUCGACCAGUCAGCUAGUGAAACUUCACUACUGUUUCUGCAGACAAUUCAAGCUGACUCGGCAGGUAACUGCAGAAAUCCUGCACGUAUGUCACAUAAUGUAUGCUGAUAUGAUUUGCUGCUGCUAGGAAUUUUUCAGAUACAGAAAGUGAAACAUUUUCUGUGAAUUUAAAGUACAAUAAUGUAUGGAACAUUUUCUGUGAAUUUAAAGUACAGUAGCAUAAGUACAAACUUCAAAAAGACAUGUAUUAUUUUUUACACAGUGAGGUUCAAACAUGGUGAUUAUAGACCACAUUUUCAUUAGUUUUAUUGUAAAAAUUCCACUGCAUAAUGCAAGUUCAUACAAAAGCAGAAGGAACUAAAAAGCACAAUUAUGCAGAAUUUCAGUAUGUGGCAUACUGUUGGAACUGCACUGGGUCUACUGCCCAUCAUCAAACCUACUGCUCUGUUACUUGUGGUACAUAUUCCAAAUCAAUUACUUUACCAUAGUAUGGUGUCUUGGUAAGCAAUUCUCAUUUUUCUUUGCAUUUCUUAAGAAUUAUGUAGUUCCUACUUGCAUGAUAUGAAUUAACAAUGACCACAGCAGACUGUAUAUAGUCUAAUUACUGAUAAAUUUGAAAUAAUACUCUUUUGAACUUAUGUCCUUAAGUAUGCCAUGCCUGAAGUUAAGUCUGCAAACAUCCAUUCAUUUUAACACUGUAUGUGGAGCAGUGAAAUGCUAUCAAUAAAACAGAAUGCUACUUGGAACUGAAA